AUGCAGAACGAGAAAGAUAUCAAAGUUGGUCGCGGCGUGUCCCUCCGCCUCAUGCCCCUUGGGGGAUCGGUAACGCAGGGGGAACAUGAUUUCGAAGUACAGAUGGUUGGUUCGCGCCAAACGGGUUCAAUGCCCAAUAAAUACCACGAGGGCUGGCCAGGGUUGAAAAUCGAUGAAAUUCAUAAGAAAGCCAGACUUUCCACGUCACAAUUACUGCCCGAUGUCUUUGCUGUUAAUGCUGGGUCAAAUGACUGUCUCCAAUCUUUCAAGCUCGACGAAGCAGGGAAGCGAUUGGGUGACUUGCUUGAGUAUCUUUGGCAAACCUCUCCGAGCUCGACGGUCGUUCUCUCUACUCUAAUAGUCAACGCAGAUAAACAGGCUAACUCAAACAUCACGUAUGUGAACGACCAAUUCCGCGGUCUCGCAAGGCAAAAAGCAAACGAACAGAAGAAAUUUGUUUUGGUCGACAUGAAUUGUGAGGCGGGUCCUCAGAUAGACCACUUAGUUGAUGGUGUACACCCUGAUAACGAGGGCUAUGAAAAGAUGGCGAAGCUGUGGAUGAAUGGAUUUCUGGAAGCCUUGCAAAAGGGAUUCCUGCCGAAGUAG